AUGGCUGCUCUCUUCGAGAACAACGGCGACCAGAUGGGUCUUCCGCUGGAGCAAUGGUUUUACGAAAUGCCUCCAGUGACCCGCUGGUGGACAGCAGCCACCGUGGCGACUUCGGUGCUCGUGCACUGUAACAUCGUGACUCCAUUCCAGCUCUUCUAUAGCUUUCGCUCAGUAUACGUCAAAUCACAAUACUGGCGGCUGAUCAGCACCUUCCUGUAUUUUGGCCCGCUCAAUCUCGAUCUUAUCUUCCAUGUCUUCUUCCUCCAGCGCUACUCGCGCCUGCUGGAGGAAUCUUCUGGCCGCUCGCCAGCCCAGUUUGCCUGGUUGAUGGCCUACGCCAUGUCUUCGCUCCUCAUAAUCUCGCCGUUCCUCUCUCUCCCAUUCCUCGGCUCCGCCCUCUCUUCAAGCCUGGUUUAUAUCUGGGCCCGCCGUAACCCGGAUACUCGUCUAAGCUUCCUCGGCCUGCUCGUUUUCACCGCUCCAUACCUACCUUGGGUGCUUAUGGGGUUCACUGCGUUCAUGCAUCGCACGGUGCCAAAGGAUGAGAUCUGCGGUGUUGUCGUGGGUCAUAUCUGGUAUUUCUUCAAUGACGUCUACCCGUCUCUGCACGGUGGCCAUCGGCCUCUUGAUCCGCCGCAGUGGUGGCGCCGUAUCUUCGAAUCCGCGCCGGAAGCCCGGCCGACUGAUGCCACGAACGUCAAUCAAGAGUUUGCGGCGGCCGCGGCACCAGAUGUGCGAUGA